AUGAAGAAAGACUAUGGAGAUAUUAAACAGUUUUCUGGAAAAAAGAGUGCACCCAAGGGUGCCAAAAAGAAGUUGGAGUUUAAACAGAAGUUACCAUUGUCAGGGAAAACUAUUUAUCUAGAUGUAAAAGAUGUUAGGCAUCGGAAGAAAUUAGAUGAUUCUUUAAAAUCAUUAGGGGCAGAAGUGGAGAAGUUUUUAAGUAAAGAGAUUAACUAUGUGAUAUCAAGUAACACAAAUACUACCCUUCCCAAUAAAACUAAUGAUGGAAAUAAAGAUAGACCUGACAGCCCUUCUUUUGUGUCUACACCUAGUCCCUUUAACAGUGGUCAAGGUGGUUCUCCUACCGAAAAUUAUAAACAAAAAACUCAAACACGAGCUCAAGCUAUGGUUAAACUUGCUCAGUCACAGGUUCAGAUAACACCAGUACUGCAAAAUGCUGAAAAAUUUGGAAUUAAAGUUGUACCAUUGGAAGCUGCAUUGAAAUGGGUAGAAAAAGAAUUCAGCAAGUUACAAACAACUAGUACAGCUUUCAAACCUCAGGUUAUAAAGAAGAAAACGCAGUUCAAAGUUAAGAAGCUUAGAGCACCAUUGAUAAAAUAUGAAGCUAUAAACUUACAUUACCGUCCUAUACAAUUAGAAUUAGAUAGUUGGCCACAUUGUAAUGUUGAUACAUCUGCUGGAAGCUGUCCGUUUGAUGGUUCAACAAUAGGUCGUGCUCAGAAAACAGAAUCCGAAUAUAGAGACAAAGUGGUGGCAUCAUUACCUGAACAGAAUGAAAAUAAUUCAAUUGAAACACCACAAGAUAAAAAUCCAAGCAAACGUAACCAAAAUGAAGAAAUUAGUUCCAGUAAAUUAUUUGGUAUGCCAAUACUAACAGCUGGUGAUUUAAAACAACGACAAAAGAUGAAGAAGAAACAAGGCUAUUGUGAAUGCUGCCAGAUGAAAUAUGAUAGUUUAGACAAGCAUUUACGGGAAGAAGAACAUAGACAAUUUGCAAGAGAUAAAAACAAUUUUAAACAUUUAGAUUUAAUUAUAAAAACUGUUCAUAGUCCUGCUAAAUUUCUACAGAAAGUUUUACAUCGUCAUUGUGUUCAAAAUAAUGAAAAGAAAAGGGAUAGCAGAUCCACUGAAGAAACACCAUUGAAUGAUGAAUUAAAAUCCCCACAAAAGCAAACACGUUCUAGAUCAAUGACUCCAAGAAAAUCCAAAGAUUUAGAACAUUUAAAAGAAAAUGAUAUUUGUAGACGUCUGAUUUCGUCCAGACAUUCUUUGAGUAUUAGUGGUGUUAAAGUUCAUCCAAGUCAACAGACUACCAGUUUUGUAGAUGACUUGUGUACACCAAAUGAGAAAAAACAAGCAUUGAUUUCACCUUGUUCAGUUGUAAUGAAUACUAUUAAUUUAGACGAUAUUGGUGGUAAAUCAGCAAAAACAGACUUACCUCCCCUAUCUCUUAUCAAACAGAAGAAGUUGAUCAUACGUAACAUGGCGAUUGGCAGUCUUCAAGUUGCCUCAACAAGCCCUGAUAAAAUUCGAUGUGAGAAAGAAGGUGAAACUAUCAAAAAGCAAUGCUCCGAGGAUAGUGAAAGUGGUAUAUCUAAAAGUGUUUAUUUCUCUUCUGACUAUUCAGGAAGUGAUUCACAUCCUAGUUCUGAGGAAGUGACUUUCAAACCUAAAACAGAAAAAGUGACAAUGCCAAAUACCAACCUUCCAAUCAAGAAUGUUAACUCUAAAAAUGACAUUUCAUCAGACUACUACGAAAGUAAAGUGCGAUCUGCCAGAAAACAGUUGGCUAAAAAAUCUCCAAAGAACAGAAUUCUUAACCUCAACAAUUUGUGCAAAAUAAAAAAACAUUCUAUUAAAAAGGUGAAGAAAAAGGUGAAUACUUCAGAGGGUGGACAUUCUUCAUCACAGCCCUUAAAACAAACCAAAACUAUUCUUCAACAAUUAGAUAAACUAAGUGCAUCAUCACCAAUCAACAAAGCUCCAAAUACACCCAUAUCCAUUUUCCCUAUAGACAUGAAUGAAAAGUGCCUAAAAUUUUCAGAAAAAGGUGGCCGAAAAUCCAGAAAUUCAAUGGAGGUUCAAUAUCAUGAUUUUAUGAUAUUCGAUUCGUUGAUUGAAGUGACAAAAAAAAGCAAAAAAACCUCAACUAAAAGUGCAGCUGAGGUUGAAACAAAUGAAGUAGAAGCAAAUGGAAAAUUGAAGCAGAAACUUACAUCUGAAAGUAAAAGCAUUGGGAAUAUUGCAUCACAGAGUAAAGCUUCAAAACAUGUGGAAGAUCAGAAUAUAAGGAAUCCCAAAUCUGCAUCUGUAAUUUCAAUUUCUUCAAAACAAAGACAUAAUGUCAGAUAUUCCAUGUCAUAUUCCUCUCAAACAAUAACAUCAGUUUCAUCUGGUGAUCAUGUGAAACACCAGUCAUCUAAACGACACUCAUCUGAAAUUCAAGAAAUUAAUAAAAGUGAUGAAUCACAAAUAUGUCAAAUUUGUAGUUAUCCAAAGCAUCUUUCCUCCCAAACUCAGAAUACUGCUUCUUCGGAGGAUGCUGCUUGUUCCAGUGAGAAAAAUAGAAUUGAUUAUUGCAACAGUGAACAUUCUGAAUUGGUUCGAAAGAUUCGUAGGAGUUCAAAAUCUCUUUCCUCACAAAAUAUGGUGUCUGUUUCUUCUGAGGACACUGCUAAAUCUAACUCUGUGAGUAAUAGUUCUCAAGUUGUGCGAAAAAAUCAAAAACGUUCAAAACCAAGUUCAAUGUUCACCCAGAGAAUCAUUUCAUCAGAUUCCCAAAAAAAAGAGACUUCUGAAAGUGAUAGAUCACAUUAUGUCUGUAAGAAUAGACAGAUAUUCAGAGAUACAAAUACAGAAAGUGAAAAUAAAGAUUCAUUGAUUUCUCAAAUGUCUGGAAUCACAAAACUGCCUGAUAGUCAAAAAAACAAGUUUCAAGGAACCAGUGAUACAAUUUGUAGUCAAGAUUCAAAGCUUUUUCAAAAUGUGAUUGUUGAACUUGAACCUCUAAAAAUUAUGGCACAAACAAAUAAAAGCAUUUUUCAAGGAAAUUGUGAACAAUGUCAUGAAAUACCAAUCAAUUUUAAUCCAUCACCAGUCUUCAAAAAGUCACCUGCAUUAAGAAACCAAGAUAAUUUGUCAGUAACAGGAUUUCAAUCGGAUAUCCUACCAGAAGCUGGUUCAGAGAAUAUUGUCUCUCCACGAAGUGAGGUUUCAUCCACACUAAGGCGUCGAGUAAAAAGACAAAAACAAUCAUACCAUAAAUUGAGUGCUUCUAAAUCAACAGGAAAUGUUUCACAUGAACCUUUAUCAACUGAUUUUAACACUACAAGAAGGUCACUGCACAGUGAAUUACAUGAGGUUUCAAUCACGCCAAAAUCUGGCUCUCAUAUUAAAUCAGUUAAAACAACUGAAUCAGACUCUAAUCUGAACAUAUUUAACAUGUCUAAUAAUGUUGUGGACAAUAAAAUAAAAGAGAGAUGUAGCUCAGAAAUUACCUCAGUGACUGGCAGCAAGAGAUACAAGCUAAAUCAAAGUUGGAGAGUUUUGAGUGAUCGAAGUGUUUCAAAAUUACUUGAAAGUGAACAAGAUCCAGCCCCUUUUUUGGGUUUUGAAGAAAAAGACACAGCAUCCUUGCCAAUCUCAAAUUUAUCUUAUGAAGAUCAAUCAGAAAUUGAUUUAGAUGAUUCUUACGACUGGGUGAUCAAAGACACUGCUAGUGAUGAAAAUGAUUUUGAUGAUCUUGUACCCAAUUGCAGCUAUUCAUCUCCUAGUAAAGCUUCAGAUUCCUCAUGGCUUGAUGCUUGUGAAGAUUAUGUUAUGAGUUCAGUAUCUAAGUCUCUGUUAUCAUCAUGUUCUAGUAAUCCAUCUACAAACCGUAAAAAAUCUAAGUUAAGUUUAAAGAGAGGCAGAUCAAAAUCGGAUGACAAUCACAAAAUUGAGUUGACCCCUAGAAAACUUCGUAAGAGACAUCAGACAGGAAAUGCUUUGUUCCCCUUGGCAAAAAGUGAUGUUCCAGAAUUUGUAGAGUUAAAGGUUGAAGAAAAAUCAGUAGAUGAAGACAUCGUGUUUAAUUUUAACAGCCCACAAAAAAUUAAACAUGAAUUAAGUGUUUGUGAUAUUAAAUAUGAAGUGUUCCCUCUGAAAUCUACAGAGAAAAGGAAAAUCUUUAAAACUAGACCACCAAAAAAACGUAAGUAUCAAAUGAAAUACUUCAAAAAUGAUAGUCGUGCUUCUCCUAAAAAUUCACCAAAAGACCUACAUAGACUACGUAAUUUGAAGAAUCCACAAGCACAAUUUAUAGUAGUAACUCCUCCAAAAAAUGCAGUGAAAACUUGAGAAGAUUGUUUUAGUUAUUUAUUUUAAUGUAGAAUUAUUGUUUUGUAUAAUUUUGUUGCUCAAUUUGCUCUCUGAAUCUGUUUACUUGUUAAGUUCAAAGGUUAAGUUGAUACAGAAAAUAUCUGAUUUUAUAAGAGAUAAUUUAAUAGUGAAAAACAUGUGUCUGUCAUGUUUAUCCCGCAAUGUGAAUAUGAACAAGAUAUAUGUAUUGUCUUUCACAACAAUCUUUGUAUUAAAAAUUUGUCAAAUAAAUUAUGAUAGAACUUUUGAAUAUUUACUGGUAUAAUUUACUAUGUCAUACAGUUUUGUCGAGAAAUUACAUUUGUCAAUCAUAUUUUCUUAAUUAACUCUGAAUUUGUUGUAAAUUAUUUUGCCAAUAAGCUGGUCAUGCAAAUUGCAUUAAUGUGAAUAACUUUACCUUUUCAAAUACAUCACCACACCAAAGAUGUAAAAUAUCUGAAGAUUCAAUUAGUUCAGUUAUGGAAUUAAUUAAAAUUACUUAUAUUAUUUAUAGGAAAAUUAAUAUUAUAUACAUAUAUAUUAUAAGAUUAAUCAGGUGAUAAAAGAAAUUUAUUAUUGA